AUGGCUGAUCCAGCAACUAUAAUCAGCGGUUUGCUUUCAAAUUUGGUACCUCUGAUUAAGGAUGAAUUCAAGUUGAUUUAUGGUUUUGAUGAGGAGGUUGAAAAGCUAUUGGGCACGCUAUCUGCAAUUAAUGCCGCACUUGAGGAUGCUGAGAUAAAGAACGUGUGGAAGAAGGACAAACCAACCGAAGAUUGGUUGCAAAAACUUAAACGCGUGGCAUAUGAGGUUCGAGACAUCAUGGAUGAGUGCACCUUUGAAGAUCUUCGUCUUCAAGUCAAAAGGCGUAAUGCCUCCUCUUCAACUCGGAUCCAGGUAACCAACUGUAUCUCCCUUCCUUUUAGCAACGCUUGGUCGCGUCGUGAAAUUGGUUUCAAAAUUAAGGAUGUUCAAGAGAAACUAGAACAGAUUUAUUCAGAGCGCAAAAAUUUACAAUUACGUGAACCUAUUCAUGAUUCGAAAAUAAAAGAAGACAAGUUUACUAGUAGUUGGUGUGAAACAAUGUCACUUUCUAGUAGUCCAGUACUUUAUGGGAGAGAUAAGGAAAAGAAACAUAUUAUUGAUAUUCUACUCAAUAAUACAUCUACUAGUACUCUUAGUGUUGCUACAGAACAAUUAUCUGUUCUGCCCAUUGUUGGGAUUGGGGGUCUUGGUAAAACAACACUUGCCCAAAUGGUCUACAAUAACCAUGAAGUUUCUAAGCAUUUUGAUCUCAGAUUCUGGGUUUGUGUUUCUGAUGAAUUUGAUAUUGAGUUGGUCAUCAAAGCCAUCAUAGGAGCAAAUAAUGAAACUUCCUUGGAGAAAUUGAAGGACUCAAUUCAAUAUAAAUUGGGAGGGAAAAAAUAUUUGAUUGUAUUGGAUGAUGUUUGGAAUGAAAAUGUUUAUGCAUGGGAUCAGUUGAGAUCUAUAUUAGACUGUGGAGCAAAUGGUGCGUUCGUCCUUACCACGACACGUAAAAGAAGUGUGGCGGAAAUCAUGAAAACUAUUCCAUAUUUUGAGUUACCGUCACUCUCUGACGAAGAUUGUUGGCUACUAUUCAAAAAACGUGCAUUUGAUGAUGGAAAACUAAAACAUCCAAUCUUCAUUAAUAUUGGCAAACAAAUAUCUAAUAAAUGUAAGGGUGUUCCUUUAGUUGCCAAAACACUGGGAAGUCAACUGGGGUUUUGUGAUGACGAAAAAGAAUGGCAUAGAAUAAGAGAUAGUGAUAUAUGGGAAAUAUUCGAAAAUGAAGAAGAUCUCAUGCCUAUUUUAAGGUUGAGUUACUAUGACCUCUCUUAUCAAUUGAGAAGAUGCUUUGCGUUUUGUGCUAUAUUUUCCAAGGAUACUUUAAUUAAAAAGGAUAAAUUAAUCCAAUUGUGGAUGGCUCAUGGUUUAAUUGCUCCAUCUAUAAAGCAAGACGUUGAAGAUGUUGGGAAUAGAAUUUGGAAGGAGUUGUAUUGGAGAUCCUUUUUUCAAGAUGAAAAAGAGAACAAAGAUAGAGUUUAUACAUGUAUGAUGCACGAUCUUAUGCACGAUCUAGCCCAGUCUGUUAUGCAAGAAUGCCAUACGAUGAAUGUUAAGAGAUCAAGUGAUAGUUUAGGACAUGGAACUCAUCUAAAACAUCUUAGAUAUUUAGACAUUUCCGGUAGUUGGAUAAAAACAUUGCCUAAUAGUAUAUGCAAUCUCUUCAACUUACAGACUCUGAAACUCAAUCAAUGUUAUGCACUUAAAAGUUUGCCUAAAAAUAUGAAGAACCUUAUUAACCUGAGGCAUUUUUAUUUGGAUGGUUGUUAUUUAUUAAAAUAUAUGCCUAGAGGGAUGGGGGAAUUGAAACAUUUGAAGACGUUAAGCUUGUUUGUGAUAGGCAAGGAGGAGAGACACGGCCAACUAGAUGAAUUAGAAGAAUUGGAUAUCGGCGGAUCUUUGAAAAUUGAGAAUCUUGGAAGAGUUAGUGAUGCAUCUAUUGCAAGAGGCAUAAGUAUGGCUAAAAAGUCGAGUAUCACAAACUUGGAGUUGAAUUGGUUAGAUCGGUUGGAUUGGGGUUAUACAUAUGAUGAUGCUGAUAGACAUGAGAAAAUGGGUGAAGCUCUAGAGGUUUCAACUGAGAGGCUAAAGAAAUUGAGAAUGAGUGGUUAUAAAGGUGUGAAUCCCCCGAAAUGGGUGGGAAAGUCAUAUCCUUCUAUUGGUAGUAGUAACAACAGCUACAGCGAUGAUAGUGAAAUGAUGAUAGUACUAUUCCCUUUGUUAGAGGAAUUGGAUAUUCGUGAGAUGAAGAAUUUGAGGGAAUUGGUGUCUCCUAGUACUAUUCCUAGUUUCGGAGCAUUCCCUAAUCUAUGCAAGCUGGAGAUAUUUUAUUGCCCAAAGCUAGGGGCCUUGCCACCGCAUCUGAAAGCACUCAAAGAUGUAAGUGUUUCAGGUGAAUGUUCGGAUGAGUUGUUAUAUAGCAUCUCAAAUCUUAGUGCUCUCACUCAUUUCUCUCUUGUUUGGUGUGGAUUGAAUGAAAGAAGUGUUUUAUUUGGAGCUGGUUAUAUGGCAUUAAUGUUCGAUGAUGAUGAGAUACAAUUAGGAGGAGGAAGAGGAGUACGCUCAACUUUCCAAUCUCUUCAAUCUCUGCAUAUCUUGGAGUGCUGGAAGUUAAGGCGUUUGUUUGAUUCGGGAAUGAUAAUGGAAGAAGAGAAGCAACAAAAGCAUCAUGAUCAUGAUCAUCAUCUUCAAGCUGGACAAACAGAAAGAACAAGAGAUCUCAUGAACUCUCUCACGAAAUUGGAAAUUCGUGAUUGUCCGGAGUUGAUGAUAUCAGUUGAGGAAUUUGGUAACCUCAAUUCACUACAGGGUUUGAGUAUCAUGGGUUGUCCUAAGUUGGUGUCUUCAGAAGAAGCCGACGAUUUUAAGGCACUCCUACGUUCCCUUCGAGCAAGACUUGGUUCUAAGAACUUCGAUGUGGAUAUUGAAUUGGAAAAGGAAAAGGAAAAGGAAGAGCAUAGUGUAUGGUCCCCAUCAUCCAAAUUUGGAGGAGAAUUCGGCAUUUACUGA